AACACAGGCAACUAAAACUGCGCUGCUAAAACACCCAGGACUGCAAAGUGAAUGGAUCCCUGAAAGGGGCAUCAGAAGUCAUGUCAGGCAGAAGAUCCAAGAAGAACCAGAGACUUGGUUCAUCUCGACGAGGUCCUAAAGGUCUUAACAGCAAUAUCGAGAAAGAUGAUGAUGGGUUUCAGCGGAUUGCAGAGUCUGAGGAUGGGCGAAAUGAAUUUCACACCUCCACUGAUUACCAUUCAACCCAGUUUGAUCAUCCACCAAGCUCAAGCGUUGAUCAACAAACAUCUGCAUUAGAAUGUCCUCCACAUGCAAGAGGUUGCAAGGAUUCACUCAUGGAGAAUGAACUGUCAGAACAGAAAAGAAAAAUGGGAUCAACACGCAAGAGUACUGGUAGGUUUAAAGUUGAAAGAAAACUUGAAGUGAGGACCACUGGAGAGUUAGAUGAAGAAUAUGUAACUCAACCAAACACAUCAACCAGUGAGGAACAACAUGCUUCUCUAACAGAAGAAGAACAAUCAAGGUCAAUGAGUUUUCCUUCUGAUUUAUCCCUUCAGACAAAAAGUUCUGGAUUGAGAAAGGAGCCUAGAACAACUCUUAUGUUUGCGGUUUUAGAAAAUGAAGAUAAAGAUGCAAUCCACUAUCAAGAAAUAACAUCUCAUUCACAUGAGGUUGUAAGUGAUAUGCCUAUAGACGAGGCAAUGGUGCCAUCUGUCCAUUCUAUUGAUGUCACAGUAGCUGAAAGUGAUUUGUUGCGGAAGGAUUCAGUCAUGUUUGAUGAACCAAAAACACUUAGUCACCAAGAAAUCCCAAUAGCCAGUACCUCUGGACAAAAAAGAAGGAUGGGCUCAACCCGCAGGCCUCUCGGAGGGAAAAACAGUGACAAUGUAGGUGUGCAAGAACAUUCAAGAAACAUGACAGAGAAUGGAAGUAAAGCAGAAGUCAUAGGCGAAGCAAAGUUCACCAUGUCAGAAGAGAUGGCGCAAACAUGGGAUGAUGUGGCAAGAGAUGUUUCAUCGUCUCACACAGAAUCAGCUUUGGUUUUAAAUCAGUCUCUGUUGGCUGAGAGAGCUGAGCUGAAAGAGCCUGAUGUUUCGGCAGGAACUGAAACUAUGAACCAAUCAGUUGCUUUUCCCCUUGUUGAUUCAGAAAAGCCCCUACCUGAAACAUCUAGCCACCAUGGAACUCCAUUACUCAACGAGGGAUUGGAUUUUAAGUUUGGUUCACACACUGAGGAUUUUGUAAACAAAGUUUGGAAAGAAGCAGAAAGUCAUUUAAGUGAUAACAGCCAACAUGUGUCUGAUACAAGAAAAGAUACAAACACAUCUUACAACUUUAGAGCUGUAAACACAGAAGCCAAGGAGGAGGUUUUAAAACAGAAAGAGGAACUUUCUAUAAAUGAUCAAGAAUCUUCAUUAAGCCAACAUGACAUAGCUACUCUAGAUAAUAACUGCGAUUGUUCUAUGGCUCAACUUAUAGUGGGAGGAAGUAGAAGUUUUGAUGUGCCUGUGCCUAAUAUUAGCCAUGCAGAACCCACAGCAACCAAUUUACCACAUGAGAUGAGUGAUGCUGUUGAUGAAACGCAAGAGAUUCAUAUGGAAAUUAAACAAGAAAGUAAUGUUUGUGAUGUUGCUUCAGUAACAUGUGAUACUCUGACUGAUUUAGAAUGUAUUAUGGAAGAAAAUAAAGAUCCCCAAAUUUUAGCUGCGAGAGAAAAUGAGAAUACGAGUGAUCAAAGAGGAUCUGAAACAGACAAUGCAUUUGAAAUUACAGGCCAGGGUGAUGUAAGAGAUCACAAUGUAACACAAAUAAUAAUGGAUGUAAGAGAUAAUGAAAAAGACGGAGAAACAAGCACAGAGACCAUUUGGAUUUCACACCAGAGACCAUGUGAAGUUUCAGCUGAAAAAGAGGAGCUAUAUAAGGAAAAACAGCAAUAUUCAUCGAAUAUAUCUCAAACACACAGUCCACUACAAGAUGAUGCUGGGAAGAUGCUAGAAACUGAUGAGGUUAGAAAAGGCAAAAAAGAGACUGCUGCAGGUAAUGGUGUGACCUCAAAGUCAGAGGAAAUGUUUAGUUUUAAAGACUCAGCAACAGAUACAAGAUCUCACGCACACCAACAACUCUUCAUGCAAUCUCCUGAUAACGAAGGCUAUGACUCACAUGAAAAUGUGAAUGAGAAAAGUGAAAAGGAAGGAAUACUUUUCAGUGUAGAAUCUGAGAAUGCAGCUUUUGAUAGAGGCGAUGGGAGAAGUGAAGUAACAGAAGGAAUUAAGGAGAUGGAUGCAGAACCCGUCGUGAUAUCAGAUGGGGACACUGUGUAUAAUGAUAGUGAAUCAGAAAACCCAGAGCAAAACAGAGAAUUAACAGAGGAGCAAACUGAUACAUCCUCUGAUACAAACCUGCAAGUAUUACUUGAAGGAGACACAGUUCUCAUGCAAAGUGACAUCAACAUCAUUCCUAAAGAUUCUCACAGAGAAGAGGCACACUCAAAAUCAAGUCCAGUUAUUCAUAAGAGAAAAAUGGGCUCAACUCGUAGACCUCUCAGAGAGAAAAAUGGACAAAGAAAAGAAAAAGAACAUCAUGAUGAAAAUGAGACACCUGACAGUGAAGAUAUGAUCAAUGUAGAGAAAGAAACAAUUAGUUUGGAGGAUGAACCCAGUCUAGAUGAACCUAGAUAUACUGCAGUGAGUGACAUUUCAGAAUCACAAACCCUCACAAAAUUACAUGCAGAGUGCCAAGAAGUUUAUAACGAUGUUGAAAGAGCACUAGUAGGGAGAGACACAGAACCACACUCAGUUCAAACCGAAAUCACAACUCUUAAUUCAGCCACAUUUGAAGGAGAAGAAACAGAAGAGAUCAUCUGUGAAGCUAGUGUUGUAGUCAAAGACAUUGAGUUUAUUGGCGAUACAGUUACAGUGGAGAGUAAUAUGACUAUUAAGUCAGAUUUGCUUCAAAAUGACAUUUCCACUGAUGCAAAACCAGAAGCACUGAUAUCUGAAAUAGCUGAGAAUGAAAGAAAAACAGACACAAUUCCCAAACAAAGUUACGCCAACAUCAUUCCAGAAGUUCCUCACAGUGAGGAGGUACACACAAAAUUGAGUCUUAAUGUUCAGAAGCGAAAAAUGGGCUCAACUCGUAGACCUCUCAAAGGGAAUAAAGGACAAAGAAAAGAACAUCAUGAGAAAGAAACAUUCAGUGUGGAAGAUGAAUCUAGAUAUACUGCAGCGAGUGUCUGUGACAUUUCAGAAUCACAAACCCUCCCCAAAACUCAUGCAUUGUCCCAGGAAAAUACUGGAGAUGUUGAAAUAGUGCAAGCAGAGGGAGACACAGAACAACACUUAGAAAACAAAACAUUUGACUCAACAGCAUUUGAAGAAGAAGCAGCAGAAGAGAACAUCUGUGAAGCCAGUGUUUUAAUCAAAGAAGUUGAGUUUAUUGGCGAUACAGUUACAGUGGAGAGUAAUAUGACUAUUAAGUCAGAUUUGCUUCAAAAUGACAUUUCCACUGAUGCAAAACCAGAAGCAUUGAUAUCUGAAAUUGCUGAGAAUGAAAGAAAAAUAGACACAAUUCCCAAACAAAGUGACGCCAACAUCAUUCCAGAAGUUCCUCACAGAGAGGAGGUACACACAAAAUUGAGUCUUAAUGUUCAGAAGCGAAAAAUGGGCUCAACUCGUAGACCUCUCAAAGGGAAUAAAGGACAAAGAAAAGUGAGAGUAGAAUCCGAGGAAAAGAAUGGAGAUAAUGAAGUAUUGUCAGAAGUGGAAGACACAGAAACACGCUUAGAAAUUCAAAACCAGGAUAACGUGGUUGAUCACAAUGUGACACAAGAAAUUAUGAAUAUAAGAGAUAAUGAAGAUGAGGAGAGAAAGACCACAAAGACAGUGGACAUGUCAGUGCAGGAGCUAUGUGAUGAUUUGGAGCUAGAGCAGAGACCAGAUGUAUCUCAAACACAAACUGGUCCAUCACAGGAUGAUACUGGCUCAUAUUUAUUAGAGGUCCCAGAAAGAACUGCAGAUUUUGUUAGAGACAGAUUUGCCUGUAAGAGUCAUUCUGAUCUGGUCUUGUCUGAUGCCCUGCUUAUAGAGGAAACACAAAUUCAUGUGUCAUCUGAGGAUGUUCCGCCGAAAGAGAUGGUUGAAAUGCAUCCAGUCUCCAAAAGGCCUAUGCAGAAGAGAAAAAUGGGGUCAACUCGGAAGAGAGGGAAGAGAAUGGUGAAUGACGAGGAGGUUGAAGAAGAGAAAGAGGGAGAAGCUGAAAAUACAACAAAUGAUGAUGGAACCACAAAGUCAGAGGAGAAUUUAACUAUUGAAGAAGCCAUUGUAGGAUAUCCUGUACACCAGCAACUCUUUAGUUCAUCUGCUGAUAAAGAAGGUCAUGAGAUUCAGGAUAUUGGUAGUAAAUCAGAUGUGCAGACAGAAAUCUCAGAACAAAAUGAUCCAAAUUCUACCAUAAAUCCAGAACUAUUGAUAGAAUCUGAAUGUUCUUCAAAUGUUGCUGCUGAGAUGGUUUCAGACCUUCCAUUGGGAGAUGCUGACACAUACUUAGGUCCUAAACAAAGUGUCAUUCCUAAAGAGUCUCUUAGAGAAGAUCAAUCAAGCUUGAAUCCAGUUGUUCAAAAACGAAAAAUGGGGUCAACACGUAAGACGCUCAGAGGGAACAAAGGGCAGGGAAAAGAAGUAGAAUCCAAAAAGAUGGAUAGAGAUAGCGAAGAAAUGACACAGGAACAGGAUACAGAACCACAUUUAGCAACCAGUGCAAGAAAAACUGAAUGUAAAUUUGAUGAAGAGGUUGAACAAAACUUCCCUGUUGAAUUUUCCUAUCCAGUGGCUUCUUCAAAAAUGUUCUCUGAAUCAGAAAAUGGAGUGAAGGAAGUUUCUCCAAAUAUCCAUGACCUCUCUGAGGUGAGUGAGGAAAAGGGGAUGGAAAGUACUGGAAAUUACAGUAAUAGUGAGAAUAAGGCAAUCAAUCUCUAUGACGGGACAAAGGACAAAUUUGUCUUGACAGUUAGUCACGAAGAUGUUGAUCAAACCGUGACUGUAGAUUACCUUGAUCAGCAUGUUUAUGUAGGAUCAGAGCCUGAACAAACUGAAAACACAGCCCAUUCUUUUCCCACACAAGAACUAAAAAACACUCAGGAUGAUGUUGUUUAUGAAAUCAGUUCCACCCAAGAAAAGAGGCGAAAGAUGGGCUCAACCCGGAGAUAUCCUAGAGUAAUGCAUGGGGAAAAUAUGGCCAAUAAUGAAGAUGGACUUGGUGUGGCAGAGGAUAGAGAAACUAAUAAAGCAGAAGAUGAUUUGGAUGAUAUGCCUUUAGCAUCAAGCAUCAGUCAGUCCAAGGAAGUGUCUUCAGUCAGUACCACAGAUCUUGAAUCAGAAAUUUUAAGUAGUGCAACUGAUUUAAAAGGUGAAAAUGAUCAUCAGAACAAUUCUGAACCCAGUGGACCAACAGUGCCUGAAACACCUGAAAAUACCCUUCAAAUAUGUGAUAAUCAGUUAGUAAAUGCUGAUGUUACCAAACAUCCACAGUCAGAGACUGUUACCACUGAGAAGAGAAGAAAGAUGGGCUCCACUCGGAAAAAUCUCAGAGAAGGAAGAAUACAAGGAAAAAGAGAUGGAUAUGAAGAAACAGAAACUGCAGACACAAAUCUGCAGAUGUCUCAGGACUCUGAAAUGAGCUUAGGGGAACAAACAACUCACAAUUACUCUAAUCAGUCAGAGGAUUCACUUCUCCGUGAGAUAGAAAGAGCAUUAAAUAAGACGUCUCAAAGUUCAAUGAGUAAUGAUCGGGAAUCAAUCGUCAAAGAGCCUAACCCUGAAGACUUAGCGAAUGCUUCUGAUCUUAAUAUGUCAGAAAACUCCGAAAUCAAAUCUCUCCAGCCGACACCAUUGGCUCACAGUGAACCCAACUCACCAGGAAGACGAAGAAGAAAAAUGGGUUCAACUCGCAAGAAUCCCAGAGAGCAGCUCAAAGCAGAAAGGGAGGAUGAAGACAAAGAGGAUGGGGAGAAAGAUGAGAAUUUAAAGACGAAUAAGCAAGAAAACAAGGAUCUUGAAAGAGUUGAGGUGUCUAUAGUGCAUAAUAUCACUGAAAACAAACUGAAUAAAGAGUAUCUUGAUGUCUCUAGUGCACACACAAGUAGCAGUCAGCUAGAAGAGAGCACUAACCCUGUUAGCCAAGAAAGGACGUCUCCAUCAACUAGAAGGAAGUUUGGGUCCAGACGCGCUAAGGGCAAACAAGGCCUUGGUAGUCUGGCCGCUUCUGAUUUUGGGAAUGAAUUAGAAGAUGGAGAUCAUAAACCAGACAGCUCUGAGGUUGAGGACAAGCUGCGCAGUGAUGACUUAGAGGUUUGUGAUCCAUGCCUCACCUUACAACCAGAGAAUCAACCAAUUACCCAUCCAGUCUCUGAGCAGAGGAACAUGGAAGCCAAAAAUGAAGAAGCUGCUCCAAAAGGCACUGGUGCUGGUCUCGUUUCUUUGGACCAAAUCAUGAAACAUGAUAGAAGCACUGGAGCUAAGCAGACGGUAAAUCUCAAGAACAGGAUUUCAGAUGCUGAAGUAGUUCAGUUUAACGUUGUCAUGGUGGGAAACAGCUGUGUGGGGAAGACUUCCUUCAUCAGACGCUUCCAUGAAGGGCAGUUCACUGAGGAUUACCACUCCACUAUUGGUGUUGACACCUGUACACAGACUGUUGCUCUGCCUGACAGAACUGUUCAACUGCAGAUAUGGGACACAGCAGGUCAAGAGAGGUUUCACAGCAUCACCACACAAGUGUUCCACAAGGCUGAUGGGCUUCUGCUCAUGUAUGAAAUCACAUGUUCAAAUAGUUUUAUUUCUGUACGGGAUUGGAUCUCUCGAGCUCAGAAAAGGGCUCCCGAUGAUGUCAUCAUGAUGUUGCUUGGAAACAAGAAUGAUUCUGUAGAGCGUGCAGUCCAGAUUCAGGAAGGGGCAGAUCUGGCCAGAGAGUAUAACAUACAUUUCAUGGAGUGCAGUGCUGUAACUGGGGCGAAUGUGUCAGAAUCCAUGAGAACUCUUGCAGAGUUGUUAAUGCAGCGCAAAUCACAGAAGGAGAGACACACAACAUUGAGAAGAGAACCAUCACAGAAGAAAUCUGGUUGCUGUUGAAAACACACUCCCACACACACAACAUGCAUGACCAUUCAAAAGUUUGGGUUAGUUAGAUAUUUUU